CUCCAUCUCCACUCCACCCUUACCCGGCUGCCUGCCCCUCCCCUCUCUCCUCUCUCUCUCUCUCUCCCAUCCAGGCCUCCUCUCCCCUCUCUGCCUGUCGCCCAUGAGGAUCAGGCGGCGGCCGCAGCCCGCCGCCUCAGAUCUGGCCGCAUCCACCGCGCCGCAGAUCCCGCCGCCGAAUGCCGCGAGGAACCGCGGGUGGCUGCUGGCAGGCGAGGGCGAGGGCGAGGACGAGGAUCGCGAGGCCAGGAUGCUGCGUGCGAGCGCGGAUCUCGCGCACGAAUCUGGAGCCAGCAGGCGCAUGGCAUUGCCGCAGGACGACAAUGCGGCGGCCGUGCUGGUGGUGGAUCGCGGCGGCAGGAGCUUGGGCGCACCGCGUGGCGCUGCUGAUGGCCGCAUGAGAAUCAGUGCGGUGAACGGCUACGAUCCGGCGGCGGCGGCGGUGAAGGCGGAGGCGGAGGCACGACGGGAGACGAGCAACGGCUCCGUGCAUCCCGCCGCGCCGGCGCCGGCGCCGCCCGUGGCCGUGGCGGCGGCCUCCAAGGACGAGGGGAGGAAGCAGCAGCAGGCCGCCGGCAAGAAGCGGCGCGGCCCCGCGGUGCUGCUGGAGGGGUCGCGGUGCAGCCGCGUGAACGGGCGCGGGUGGCGGUGCAGCCAGCCGACGCUGGUCGGCUACUCGCUCUGCGAGCACCACCUCGGCAAGGGCCGCACGCGGACCGCGGCGGGUGCCGCCUUGGCCCGUGGCGCCGCCGCCGGCGGCGUGGGCCGGCUCGGGCGCACCGAGCACGGGGCCGCCGCCGCCAUCGCCACGGCGCCGCCGCUGCCCAAGGCCGAGGGCCCCAGCCUGCCGGGCUGCUAGCAGGCUAGCUAGGCGGGUCGGGACUGCGGAACUCUUUCGUAUCGUCCGAUCGGUGUGGGUGGCGGUGGUGGUCGUCGCUCGUCGGGCGAUGUGAACCCUCGCCCGCCGCGUUUCGUGGGAGUUUGGAUGUCGGCGGUGGCAUGGCAUGGACGCACAGUGAAGCGACCCGGCGUUCGUGGCGUGGUGGGUCUCUCGCUCUCUGUCUCUGCUGCCGACCGACGCCGUGCCAGAAUUAUUGCGGCUAUAUAUAUAUACAAUACACAUAUGCGAGUUAGUUCCGCGCAACUUGUAUCAUUCAUCGGUGCAACUUGGGGGGUGUAAAAAAUUGCUGGAGGCGGCGAGCAUGAAAAAAUGUAGAGAAACGGAGAACUGCAAGCUGGGAUUCAUGCAAUCAAUCAAUCAAUAACGCUACGGGCGGGCACACCUUUUCGAAUUC